CCGCUUUUGAAAAAUGUGGCCCCUGUUCGAUUUGGAGAAACAAUAUGCCACAAAUCCCCAAAUCAAGCGAGAGGAAAUACAAAAACUCAAAGAAUGGCUGAGAACCCAACCGCAUAUGCCUGAGCUCUUGGAACAUGAGAUUCUUUUAUUCUAUCGGGCGUGCAACUUUCAAUUGGAGUAUACAAAACAAGUGAUUGACAAAUACUUCACAUUUCGCACCCAUGCUGAAGAGUUUUUUGAAGAUUUGGAUGUGGAAUCUCCACAAAUUCUGCAGGCCCAGCAAGUCAUGGCCUGCUUUCCCUUGAAAGGUACCACGGCUGAGGGCUAUCGCGUUGCAGUUUCAAAACUUUUGGAUCCAGAUCCAGCGAAAUAUGAUUUUGUGGCUAGCUUUAAAAUAACAUUUUCAACACAGGAUAUGUGGCUACAGGGUCAGGAUCUAAUGCCAGGUGUUCUAAUCAUGUUGGAUUUAAGUGGAUUUUCAUUGGGUCAUUUCGUACGCAUUGGGUUGCCACAAAUAAAAAAGAUUUUAAAUUAUUUACAGGAAGCAGUUCCAUCUCAAGUAAUUGGAUUGCAUUUUGUUAAUCCCUCAGCGGCGGCGGAAAAACUAAUGAAUCUGCUCAAUCAGUUUAUGAAGAACAACAUGAAAACUGCGCUCGUAGUCCACCCAAACCUGGAGAGUUUACACAAGCAUAUACCACGUGAUAUAUUGCCGCAGGAGUAUGGAGGUCCGGAAGCAACCUGUGCAGAGCUGGCAGAAAUUUAUUACAAACAAGCACGCAAAUACCGUCUGGACAUUAUUGAGUACAAUAACAGUCGUAGGGUUAAGGAAGAACUUCGUCCAGCAUCGGAUAGAAAUACUGUCAAUAAUUUUGGAGCACAGGGCAAUUUUAAGAAAAUUGAAUUUGACUAAAAUGGAAAGUGGAUGCAAUGGAUAGUUAAUAAAAAAUGUAUUACUUA